AUGGAAGAGUCAUUUGCUAAUGAUGUACCACAGGAUGAGGUUCCUAUUGCAGUUAUUCACCCGGAUACAUUAAGUGGAGGAGAUUUUUUUGUUGGGGAUUUUUCAAUUGAAAUUGCAGGUGCUGAUGUUUCAGCUUCUGUGAGUGCAAGGUAUACCAGUUGUGAGCUAGCUACUGAUCCUGAUGAAAUUCCUUCUGCACUAGAGAUUGCCUCAUCACCUCCGGGAGAGGUGCAGAUUUCUGAAGGUAAUGAGAUGCUAGCUCUUGAUGUAUUGAAGAAAUCUCCUGCAAAGGAUGCUUGUGAUGUUGAGAAUGUUGAGGGGAAUGGUUGUGUGGUAGCUAGGCUUUUAAAUGGAUCUUCAAUAAUCACUGCUCUGCAAAUGGAUUUGUGAACCAUGUUGGGGGAGAGGAAUUGAUGGU